CAGUGCAAACGGUUUGUCAGCUGUUUGGCUCAAUAUGGAAUAAUAGCAUAGUCGCCAGUCCCGUCAGUUCAGUGGAAUAGUGACCGUACCCACUCGACUCUCUCUCUCCCCCCCUAACAACCAAAUAAACCAUCGAAAAUCAUUCACAAUAUUAUUUUUUAUUUUCCCGUGUGUUAGCAGUGCAACGCCAUUACAUCACUCAAAUACCCGUGAUAAACAAUUAUUAAAAAUACUGUUAUUGGGUGAAAAUAUAUGCAAAAUCUAGCGCGCAACGUGGAUGUAUUGACGCAAGGACUUAAAUACAGUAUAUCUGGACUCAUGAACCUCGCAAAUCGAACAACUGAACCUCAGAGUGGUGCUUAUUUUGUUAAUUUCAAUCAGGACUGCACGUCAUUGGCUGUUGGAUCAAAGUCCGGUUACAAAUUAUUUUCACUCAACUCGGUUGAUUAUUUGGAGAAAAUAUUUGAAAAUGAUUCCGAAGACAUUUGCAUUGUCGAGAGGCUGUUCAGCAGCAGCCUCAUGGCGGUUGUUAACUACUCAUCCCCAAGAAAGCUCAAAGUUUGUCAUUUUAGGAAGGGAACGGAGAUUUGCAACUACAGUUACUCAAACACAAUUCUGGCUGUGAAACUUAAUAGAGCGAGACUGGUAGUAUGUCUCGAGGAAUCCCUGUAUAUCCACAAUAUACGGGACAUGAAGGUGUUACACACGAUUCGGGAUACGCCGCCUAACGUUGCAGGCCUCUGCAUAUUGUCGAUAAACAGUGACAACUGUUAUCUCGCCUAUCCUGGAUCCAACACCAUUGGCGAAGUCCAGAUAUUCGAUGCCAUCAAUUUGCAAGCAAAAACAAUGAUCCCAGCUCACGACAGUCCCCUGGCAGCGCUUGCAUUCAGUCCAAAUGGUACCAAAGUUGCAACGGCAUCAGAAAAAGGCACUGUGAUUAGAGUCUUUCAGGUUCACGAUGGAACUAAAUUAUUUGAAUUUCGUCGAGGCGUCAAGCGAUGCGUGUCAAUCAGUAGUUUGGCAUUCAGCAUGGACUCGAUGUUCUUGUGUUGCUCCAGUAAUACAGAAACGGUACACAUAUUUAAACUGGAGGAGCCGAAGGAACCGCCCAAACAGGCGCCUGAGGAGACCCAGAGCUGGAUGGGUUACCUGACAAAGGCAGUGUCAGCCUCAGCAAAUUAUUUACCUUCACAAGUUACUGAUGUAUUCAAUCAAGGCCGUGCAUUCGCCAGUGUGCACCUGCCAUUUCAAGGAUUGAAAAACGUCUGUGCCAUCACUAUAAUACAAAAAGUCCUGAGGCUACUCGUGGCAAAUGCAGAUGGGUACCUCUACGUCUACAAUUUGGAUCCCAAUGAGGGUGGCGACUGCACACUUCUGAAGCAGCACAGAUUAGAUGGAAAACAGGACGAAGUAGACUGCGCCAGUGUGUCAACCGCAGGUGAGACCACAGCCAACGUGACACCUGCAGCCCCCAUAGUACAAAAUCCAGCCUGCAUAAAUAGCUACGCGGGUGCGUUGCGCGGCCGCUCACCAGACUCCAUGUCAGGUACUGAGUCGGAAAAAUACCACGAGAUGAUAGCAGCUACGGAGAGUCCACCGAAGGGAGGCGGGACCUUCCGAUUGGACGAUGACACUGAAUUUCCACCAGUGACACAGAGGACGGAUUGAAGAAAUUAAAGCUUCGAUAAUAUUUCGAAACAUAUCAAAGGCAAAACGAAAAAAAAUGAGGGAAUUAUUGCAAGAGUUCAAUCAAACAGAUUGAUCCGACGGAAAUGCACGCGAAAAGUGAAACGAAAAGAGGAAAAAAAUUAUGAAAAAAUAAUUGAAUGAAAGAGUGAACAGAACGAUUAAUAUGAACGUACGUUUAAUCUUAUUCGGAGUAGGUAUUUCCCUUUCAACUGGUUAUUUUGACGUUUUUUUCUUAUAAUCAACGUCGCGCCUAAUGAGGGACACUCUCCAUGCUGAAUAAAAGGCAAAAAAAUGUAUAAAAAUGCAAAAUGACAAAAAAAUUGAUAAGAGAAUUAACUCAGACGUUUGUUGUCUAUUUAAUUUAAAAAUACUUAGAUGAAUUAUCAUUAAAGAAUCCGUGGAGUCACGAUCGGUGCCAAUUUGUUCGCAGAUCCACGAGGAUUUGAUGAUAACUAGCAACAACGACGCACUUUUUCUUUCUAGUAUCAUUUCAAGAAUUAUCACUUUGAUGAAUAAAUCGAGUUUAAUGAUCUUUCAUUUGUACAAUGAAUUCCCUUUUUUAUGAAUGAAUGUGCAUGUCUCAUAGACGUGCACUCAAGGCAGGAUUUAUAAUUCAAGAGAAUAAAUUUUUGAAAUGAAAUUCUGUCAUUUUAUGGUGAUAAAAAUAGGUGAAAAGUGUGAUGGUUAUGAACGAGGUGGUUUAAUAGCCCUGGCCACAGUCAAUAGAUCCACGAUACGUGUCCUUUCAACAGUUUUAUACUAACGCGUCUUUGUUUAGUGAAUGAAAAAAAUGAAUAAAAAAAAUAAAACGACAUAGUUUUACUUUUAUAAAAAUGAGAAAAUAAAAAGAGACAAAAAGGACAAAAAAAUUAUGUGGAUAAGUAAAUAAUUAAUAAUUAAUGCGUAAAUAAUCCAAUGUAAAUACUAUUACGAAUGCUUGUGCAUUGUCGUUAAUUGCAUAUAUUAUAGACAAAUCCAAUGAAUAUACGUGAAUAUACGUGAUUAUGUGGUUGUUUU